AUGAUGAAGAACAUUUGAGAUUCCUGAGGUCGUCUUUGCCGGAGCCUCUCCUCCUAAUUCAACCCGCUGGCCUAUUAGUAUAACACAAAGCCCUCUCUUUUUCAACUUGAAGCUUAAGAUUGAUCUCUUCUUCGUUUGGGAUCUUCCAAAAGUGAACGACUUUUUCAUUUGCGGCCCAAGUUUGGAUUUUUUUUGGCAUAAAUUAUAAUCUCAAGAUACUUAGAUUGCUCUUUCGAGGUUUCAGCUAAUUCUCGAAGGCGGCAGUGAACGAUGUUCGGUCAUAGGAUCUCAAGAUCCGGGUCUGCCAUUGUUAAACAGCUCGCAAGAGAGGGAUAUAAAUCAACAUAUGGGAGAAGAAAUCUACAACGGUCGUAUGGCCACUACUUGCCGUCUUUGCCAAUGGUACAAACAAGGACUUCUCAAGAAGCAUUCUUCUUGAAGAACCAUAGGUUUUAUACUGCUUCAGCAAGUACCCCUGAGGAGGGUGAUGAAGAAACUGAAAAGAUAACCAUUAUCUUCGUCGAUAAAGAUGGAGAGGAAAUUCCUGUUAAAGUCCCUAUUGGAAUGUCCGUGCUCGAAGCUGCUCAUGAAAAUGAUAUAGACCUCGAAGGGGCUUGUGAGGCUUCUCUAGCGUGUUCAACGUGUCACGUGAUCGUGAUGGACACAGAAUAUUACAACAAACUUGAAGAACCAACAGAUGAAGAGAAUGAUAUGCUUGAUCUUGCGUUUGGGCUUACAGAAACGUCACGACUCGGAUGCCAAGUCAUUGCAAGCCCAGAGCUAGAUGGUGUCCAUUUGGCCAUUCCGUCAGCCACAAGAAAUUUCGCAGUUGAUGGAUUUGUUCCAAAACCUCACUAGUUUCCGCAGAGAAUGUUCUACACGAGGCAUUAAAGAUCAAAGAGAUGAUCCUUGUUUCUAUUAGAGAGUGUUGAUGAUUGUUUACUGAGAGGAAACAGUUUGAUUAGAUAUUUUAGUUUUGAUCUUUUGGCAUUUCUUGUUGUUGUCUGAGUUUUAAACAGAACAAGCUUUAAGCAAAACACAAGGCUUGCUUUCUUUUAAUACUGCAGAAUAAACUCGAAAAAAUUAGACAAAGGAAGAUGAUCAAAUCACCAUUUUUGAAA